AUGAUGCCUGGGGAUGACGCUCCCUCUCCAAGCCAGGAGAAUUCUACCGACGUUAAAGCAGCGUCUGCAACAGUAGAUCCAGUAGACCUGCUGGUUCACCAAACGGACGAAGUUGCGGGUUUGGACGAACACAAAAACCUCGAAGAUGCCUUCUCUUUACAACCCCAUAAACCCAAGUCCCCACGCCCAUCUGUGAGGAACUCUUUGUCGCCCAAAAGCUCAUGGACGGGAUCUUUGCAAGAAUUCGCACCGCAUGUCGUUAACAUUGUAGCUACUGAGGUAGCCACUUUUUACGAUGUCUUCGGUGUACUUGGAGUUCCCAUGAUCAUCAUGUUCAUCGUCUCAGCAGCCUGGACUUUCAUGAUGGCGGCCAUUCAAAUUCAUGCGGAUAGUAUCGCCAACGCUAUCAUGAACACCACCGAGUUCGAUAACGGAGAGUUCUGGUUACUCCCGAAACCUGAAAAAUCGAUUGUCGUGUCUUCGGUUGUACUGUUGACGAUUUUCGGUAUUGGUUACACUGCUCUUGCGGUCACGAUGACGUUUUUCUACCGUGCUGGUGCCCCGAAAGAAGAUUUGAAACUUGAUAGCAUUUCUGGAAAAGCUGCAACUGAAGUGGUGACGAAGCAAAUUAAACCGAAAGGAGGUCUCGUUCAGCGCAUUGUCGUGUGGAUUCACGAACUACCGGCGGAUAUUCGAGAGCAUUACUUCACUGCGGCGCUGGAUCUUCCUAAACUCGUUUUCCAGACGCUCACUCUAGCAACGUAUCUUCGAAAAGGCUUCCCAACUGCAAUCAUUUAUUAUUAUUCAGUCUUGUUGCUCUUCAAUUGGCUCGUAACUUGUUAUCGGAGCCAGCAUUAUGUGGCGGAUCCCGAUCUUAUCAUCGCUCGACUGUACUACACAUUUGAUUUAUUCUUUGCCGUGUUCGCUCCACUCGUGGUGCUAAUCUACUACGUCGACACAUUUGACUUUGAUCGUGCCGCAUUUCAAACGAAAAUGGAAACACUUGGUGUCGGAUCGUUCGAUACCGUUGCUCGCAUAUAUGGUGAUCCAUCACAAAUUUCGAGUUUCUGUAGUGCAUUUCAUUAUUUGCAGUUUUCGGUGGGCUCGACGCUUUUCUACAAGUCUGCGCUGAAUAUUUUGUCGCUGUACAAGUGGCGAAAGAUCGUAAUGACGUUGAUUCAUAACCACCACGAGCGACAGGCUGAGCGCAAGCGGAGGGCGUCGGUAAAACCAGUACAACGAGAAUCUCAAACGGGGAUUAUCAAAGCAUACCUCACGAAGAGGCUGUCGGACACGAUCUCAAAGCCAAAACUUGGACAACAUUUCAUUCCCAAACUUUUUCUUUCGCUGGUUUUCCUAAUUGCGGGGAUCUGUAUGUUCGUGUAUUCAAUUGGAGCGGUACAGUCGACGACAGCUUUGUGCAGCAAGUACGAUAAGUGUGUCCUCGCAAGUUACCAGUGGAAUUACGGAGAGAAAGAUUGCACUUGUCUGGUGUUUGCAGACCGCCAAAUCGCACCAACGACUUACGCUGAAUGGACGAAUCCUGUUGACACUACGAGCGACUUGGCAGAACUUGCUAUAGCAGGGGAGCUGCGAAUUGUGCAGAUUAUUAACCGUGCUGUUCCAGAACUACCUGAAGAGCUCAAGAACUGCGGUCAUUUAGAACAGUUGAUUCUAGCUUACACUAAAACAGAACACCUUCCAGAAUGGGUAUCGGAAUUCUCCCGCCUAGAAUAUUUACACAUCGAGGGAGAUUAUACAAGUAGAAGGCUUCAUACUGUGGCGGAUGGAAUCUUUGACACCAUGUCACACCUCGCAUUCCUCCACAUCGGCGUUCAUCCUGAUCUGGAACAAGUGCCGUCGCUUUCAAAGCUGAAAAACUUGCGAUAUUUGGCAUUAGCAGUCAUGGAUUCCCUCAAGGAACUCCCAAGUUUCGUCGGUCUUUCGGACGUGACCGACAUGCACAUUGCUUAUCUUCCUCGUGUUGCGACGCUGCCGUCGCUUCAACCUCUCAAGAGUAUGCAGCAUUUUAUUCUGUCCUCACGAACUGCCAUUUGUUGCAAUGGGUUUUUGACAGGGACGUGUAACAUGACGGAGGGUCAAUGUUUACCGAUCGCUGGCGAGAAAUACCCUUUAACAUGCACGGAUGAGCGCAUUUCAGCAGAAGAUAAUGCUACUCUUGCAACGUUUGGAGGUGUUGUCUGUCCCCCCUCUGAUGCCCCAUUUAGCCAUGAAAAGGCCGCUCCAACCAAGUAUUCGACAGACGAGUUGUGCAAUGGUGUCAAGUAUAGGAAUUGCAAGCUUAAUGGAGUAGAAGGCAUGUGCUACAACACUCGAAUGAUGGUCAUCAACUGUUCUACGUCAUCGGGGUACAUUGCGAUGCGUAAGCUGCAGAUUCAACGGGGUGUGGGAGAACCAUGUGACCCAGUAGAGGAGGCUUGGCUCGGGUGUACGAACUCAUCCUCUACUUGA